AUGUUACUCGAAAUUUUGUUACUUGUUGAUUAUGUUUGUGUAAUUGCAUUUUCUGAUACUACACGAAGGUUUUUAGUCUACAUGGACUAUUCUAGGAAUUCUGGUCUUGUAGAACAUGGGGAGGAAUAUAAGUUGUAUGCAACUUUGUACUACAAACGUAACGGGGUUGACAUCUUAGUGUCUAAUGAUAUCCUAAAGCAAUUAGUUGAAGUAAGUAGGUGUAAUGAAAGGAUUAUGCCAGUUAGGAUAGUAGUGGGGGAAGAGAUCAUAUCUAUUGUCAGCGGAGAUGCAGACAACUAUAACUCGGUACAUGGAGGGUUUGGUUUGGGGGCAAGGAAUGAGAGUGGGGAGAGUUUGCUGGAGUUUGCGCUAGCAAAAGAAUUAAUUAUAGCAAAUUUUAUCUUUAGAAAGAAAGAUGAGCAUUUGAUCACUUAUAAGAGCGGCGGACAUGCAACCCAAGUUGACUAUUUCUUAGUGCGCAAGGGAGAUCGGGCCUCAUGCUUGGAUUGUAAGGUGGUGUUGGGUACAGAGAUGCCCACCCAACACAGGCUUUUAGUAGUGGUUUUCAGGAUGAGUAAGAAAAUCGUAGAGAAGAAGGUCGAGUCCAGGGGAAAAAUCAUGUGGGGGAGACUCAAAGGAGAUAUGGUCACAACCCUGUUAAGCAAGAUAAGUUUAUUGGGCUUCCCAAGUCAGUCAGAGGAUGUGAAUGAAAUGUGGGUGAACAUGGCAAAAACUAUUAGAAAAGUGGCAAAAAAAGACCUUGGGGGUGUCGUCGGGUAA